AUCAAGAUGAUAUAAACAAACUCCUGACGCAGGAUGACAUUGAGGGCAGCGGGACAUAUCUCCCAACCAGCCAGACCCCUACAUUCCCCUCACAGGGCUUGAAACAGGGCUGCAGCAGAGGCACGGACAUAUACUUAGGAGUGGGUAUGAGGAGCUCAGAGCAGUGUGGCACUGGCAUAGUGGAUGACAGACAUAAGGUCUGGAUAUAUAAUGGCAGACACAGGAUGUCACCUGUACCUGAACCCAUGCAUGGAGGCCGCCAGGGACCAGGUGGGGUGGAGGAGGAUGAGGACUUAACUUCCCCAGGUGGCCUGCCUCCUGGUCCUGUGCUUCCAUCUUCAAGUGAUGAAGAGCUAGACCCAAGUGACCCAGGGAAUGCUCCUCCAGGUUAUCAACCCUUACCUCAGGAUUUUGAAGCAGAUGAUGAGGACCAGGAGAAUGGCAUAGACUAUAGCUCCCUUUCAGGCCUCAUGUCUGCCUUGGCCACCCACGGGGCCCACACCAUUCCUGCUGAUGAAGAUGAAGGAGCUGAAGCUGCAGGCACUCAGGAAGAUGAUGGAAAAAGAGAUGUCUUGCCUCUUGCAGGAGAGUCAGCACAGAAGUGGGAGGCAGAAGUGGCGAAGGAGAUAGCUGUGGUGUGGAACUCGGAUCCUCCUGCACCUGACCGCCUGCAGCUCGACUGUGGCAAGGUGGAGCAAAUAAAAUCUGCCAUGGCUUCCUUCACUCUCCCUGAGUCAGCCAUUCCUCCCUGGGCCCAAAAUCUGUCAGAUGAAGAAUGGAAAAGCCAAGUUUCUAAUCUGUUAGCUCGACAAGGCAGCCAGUAACUGCAUUUCACUGGAACAUCUGCUUGUAAUUUUCCUAUUAGUGUUCAGGGAGGUGAUCCUGUACUGGAAUUGAGAUGCAGGAUUUUCUCCAUACUCAACUGUGUUAAGAAUCUGGUAUAUAUGGUGUGAUGUGUGCCUCAUUCCUGAGUUUCCCUCUUUUGGAAUGAUGUGAACAAGUCUGAGGCAUCACAAUUUUUUUCCUCACAUUGUGUAACACAAGUGAGUAAUGGGAUUGUGUGCACAAACUUAAGAAUUUGCUUUUAUAUAUAGAUGUGAACUGAGAAGAGAGAAUAUUAGUGUUCCUUACACAUGUAAACCUGUUUUUCAAAACUGACCUCAUCUAAAUAUUACAUUCAGUGAUCAAGUAAGAUACACACAGCAUAACAGAUUUCAAGUUUUGAGGUUGGUGAAUAUAGCGUUUUCUUGUUUACUUUUGUACUUUCUUCACUACAUUUUUCACAUUUGUUUAACUGUAGACAAAGAAUAAUUUAUUGAUCUCCAUGUAAGCUAUAUAUAUCUUUAAUAUGUACAUAUACUGCAGUGAUAAAUAGAAAAGAAAAUAUUGUUGCUCCUUUCAGUGUAUUGGGUUUCUUUUUAAAUCAAUAUUAGAAAUCUGCAACAGUUAAAACAAAUGGAUAUACCACAGACAACUACAGUUACUUUAAAAGUCCUUAAAUUUCAUAGUUGCUAUUUUGAGCUUUGUCAACAUUAUGCAUGCCUUGCUCUUUAAUUUCUCAAAAUAUGAAUUUUCAGAGUACAUGUAUGGCAACUGAUGGUCUGUCACAGUUUAAUUAUUUUCUGUGUCUGAACCUAUAAUAAAAUGUGUCUCCCUUA